CGCUGGGGCCUGUUAUCCAAAACAAGAUCCCUCAGAGCGUGGUGGCGGUCACAUGAUCUCGACGGAUGACCUGGAGUACCCGCGGGAGUACCGGACGCUGGGGAACGGGACGCGGCGUUUCUCCAACGUGGGUCUGGUGCACACCUCGGAGCACCGCCACACGGUCAUCGCAGCCCAGAGCCUGGAGGCCCUUACCAACCUGCACAAGGUGGACAUGGAGCGCAAGAGGGACGCCUUUAUGGACCACCUGAAGAACAAGUACCCGCCCCAGCUGCAGCACCCCGGGCAUCAGCACCACAACCCCCCCUCGCCCUCACCCUCCCAUGGCAGCAUGAGGCAGCCUGACAGAGAGCGAGCCGCUCGCGAACAGGUAACACACACACCUUUAUUUUCCACUGCAUGGCUCGGGUGGAGCUGGUUACAGUGCAGUAGUUUCAGAUUGGUCUCUGGGUCUGUAGGAUCCUCUGCACCUGACGGAGGGAAGGGACAGCCUGGUGUGACUGGAGAGGAGAGAGGACAGGAGAGGAGGACAGGUGCUCUGCAGAGUCGUAGUCCCCGUCACUCCCAGUCCACCCAGUCUGGGCUAGCUGACCAGGCCGCUAAGCUGUCCUUUGCCUCGGCUGAGUCUCUGGCUGAGACCAUGUCUGAGGCUGACAUCCCCCUGGGGUUCAGCCGAACCAACCGCUUCCGCCAGAGUCUGCCCCUGUCCCGCUCAGCCAGCCAGAACAAGCUGCGCUCCCCAGGCGUGCUGUUCCUGCAGUUUGGGGAUGAGACGCGGCGGGUGCACAUCACCCACGAGCUGAGCAGCCUGGACACGCUGCACGCCCUCAUCGUGCACAUGUUCCCCCAGAAGCUGACGGCGGGGAUGCUCAAGUCCUCCAACACGGCCAUCCUGAUCAAGGACGAGGCGCGCAACGUCUUCUACGAGCUGGAGGACAUCCGGGACAUCCAGGACCGCAGCAUCAUCAAGAUCUACCGCAAGGAGCCAUCUACGCCUCCUACCCCGCCACACACCUGGUCAACGGGGACCCGAGGCCUGGCACAGAGGGGGGCACGUUUCAUCCUGUAUCCAUGUAACCUACCCUCCACCCCGCCCCUUAUGUCGUUUCAGGGAUCUGUGUACACGUCCCGAGAGUCCUCCCCCCCCGCCGCCUCAACACCUGCUCCUCUCCGCGCUCGCCCCCCUCCGGUCCCCAGCCCGUCACGUCUGUCCUCAGUGGGCGGCCCCUCCUUCGCCGGGCGGCAGUCACCCCAGCUCCAACAACACUCCCAGCCCAAAAAACCGAGCAGCACCAGCAGCACCCCCAGCAGCACCCAGCCACCAGCACUCCCACCAACCCUGAAGCCGGCUCCCACACGGGGGCCCAACGCCGCCUGUCCUCCUCCCCUAGCCCAUCUGAGCGCCCGACGUCAAGCCCGACAGGAGUUUCUGGAGAACCUUAUGCGCACCUACUCUGCUGCCCACCCUCAGGGGGACUGUGAGACGCCUGUACAGCCUGGAGGUCCCCUCUACUCCGACUCCUAUACCUCAGGCCACCACUGCAACCUUCGCAAGGACUCAGCCUCCUCUUCGUGUUGGGAGCCCCAAGUCCAGGGCCCACUCCAGCUCUGCCCUCGCCUUGCAGGCCGCCGGAGGGCACGGGAGCAGUUUGCGCCCGGAUACACUCCGCACUCCAUGAGAACUUCUGAGUCACAGUCUACUCUGUCCAGGAACUGGCUGGGAUCCUUUACCUGCUCUCUCAAGACGCGUGUGGGAAUGUUGUCAGUAUCUGACGGCCGGGCGGCCCGCUGCUGCUCUGAUGCCCCCCCUCCCUCGGAGAACAGCCAGACCCAGUUCCCCAGUCUGCAGAGUAGAUGCAGUGUCCCCUCUCUCUCCAUGUCCCCUCCAGACCAGUUUCGCCAGUCUUCAGAUUUCCCAGUCCUCAGAACCAGUUUACCCAUCUUCAGAGUAAGAUACCAGUUCCCCAGUUCGCAGAACCAGUUCCCCAGUCUGCAGAACCAGUUUCCCAGUCUGCAGAGUAAAACCAGUUCUCCCAGUCUGCAGAACCAGUUCCCCAGUCUGCAGAACCAGUUCCCCAGUGCAGAUAAGAUACCAGUUCCCCAGUCUCGCAGAACCAGUUCACCCAGUCUGCAGAACGGUACGACCCAACACACUGACCAUGCCGAGACACCAAUAUGCCGCGCAGGUCGGACAACACGACCGCAUGCCAGGCACCCACUGACCGCCAUGCGGCAGGUAGACCCAACCAACACACUGACCGCCAUGCGCAGGCAAGUGAACGAGGGCGUAUGGAAGAAGCAGGAGGACUUCCCCAAGCACAGCAGUGAGGACUUCCGUAAGAGUUCUGACUUUGACAUGCCCACCAGCCCCCCUCUCAACCUCAGUGACCUGAGGGGCGGCAGCAGCCUGUCAAACUGGAGCCCCCACUCCAGCCACAGCCAUAGUCACAGUCACGGUCAUGCACACAGCCACCCCUCCUCUGGCCCUCACAGGGACAAUCAUCCCCCUGUGCCUCACAAGGGCCGGGCCCUGGAAGAGCUGGCCAACCGCGCUGCCGCUGAUAAGGCUGUGUCUGUGGAGGUUCGACUGGCAGCGGAGCGGGACUGGGAGGAGAAGCGGGCCAGUCUGACCCAGUACAGUGCUCAAGACAUCAACCGUCUGCUGGAGGAGACCCAGGCUGAGCUGAUGAAGGCCAUCCCAGACCUGGACUUUGCCGCCAAGCAGAUCAACAAGCCCUCCUCCAACACACCCUCCCAGUCUCAGACCCCCCAGAGUGGGGGAGGGACCCCAGAGCAKCGCCCUACCAAGCCCCAGCACGCCACACACAAGCUCUCGGGGAAGGAACCUGGCUCCAGACGUGGUUCUGAUGCAGAGCAGCUGACAGUGACUCGCUAUCGUACAGAGAAGCCCUCGAAGUCGCCCCCUCCCCCGCCACCUCGACGCAGCUUCCCAUCAUCCCCGGCUGGCCUGAUCACCCGCAGUGGAGAAACCCUUAUCCCCGGCAAGAGCAUGAAGUCGGAGGCGGAGGAGGGAGAAGCACAGAAGCCCCAUGUGAAGCUGCGACGGACGGUGUCUGAAAACCCGCGUCCUGCGUCCACCCCUCCCACCAUCGUCUCUGGAGACAAGGAAGAGGGAGAGGAGGACAAGAUCGCUGCUGAACUGGAGGUACUGGUAUACCAGCUUCAGAAAUAGUGGAUUAAUAGUGUUUGCAGAGUUUAUAUAGUAUUCGUAGAAGUGGUCCCUGAAGGAUUUUAGGUAAGGGUGGACGGAAUGGGAAAUGUUACUGAAAAACGACACUUCCUCCGCUUCCCUAAUUUUGCCGAGAGCUUGUAGCUACACACACACACACACAC